GUGCGCUCGCGCUCGCCCUCGGCUCCGGUUCCGCGCCCGGAGCCAGCGGCGGCGGCGGCGGCGGCGCAGCGGGAGCGGAGCCGGCUGCACUCGGGGGCUGGCGCUCUGCAAUGAGACAGUAGCUGCAUCCCCGCGUGCGCUGCUGCAGGGUAACAUCUGGACUGGAAUCGAGGCCCCUCUGGUGCUUGGACAUCCCUAAAUUCCUGGAUCAGCUUGUUGAAGACCGUAUUGCUGCUAGAAGCUUCUCACACUCCUCAGGAUCUUUUCAGUAAGGCUGACACUGCAUAAACUGAGAAUUUAGACACUCUGAACAAAACCCAUCAAGUCAUCUAUGAAAAUGGUGGCGCUAUCCUUAAAGAUCUGUGUCCGCCACUGCAAUGUGGUGAAGACCAUGCAGUUUGAGCCAUCAACAGCUGUAUACGAUGCCUGUCGAGUCAUUCGGGAGCGAGUGCCCGAGGCACAGACUGGACAAGCCUCUGACUAUGGGCUGUUUCUCUCUGAUGAAGACCCCAGGAAAGGGAUUUGGUUAGAAGCAGGGCGGACACUGGAUUACUACAUGCUGCGGAACGGGGAUAUUUUGGAGUACAAGAAGAAACAGAGGCCUCAGAAAAUCCGCAUGUUGGAUGGCUCUGUGAAGACAGUGAUGGUGGACGACUCGAAGACAGUUGGAGAGCUCCUGGUCACCAUCUGCAGCAGGAUAGGAAUAACAAAUUAUGAAGAAUAUUCUUUAAUCCAAGAAACGAUUGAAGAAAAAAAAGAGGAAGGGACGGGCACACUCAAGAAAGACAGGACGUUGUUACGAGACGAGAGGAAGAUGGAGAAGCUGAAGGCCAAGCUCCACACGGAUGACGACUUAAAUUGGCUAGAUCACAGCCGGACCUUCAGAGAGCAAGGGGUGGAUGAAAAUGAAACCUUGCUUCUUCGACGGAAGUUCUUUUACUCUGAUCAGAAUGUGGACUCAAGAGACCCCGUGCAAUUGAACUUGCUUUACGUCCAGGCUCGGGAUGACAUCCUGAAUGGCUCUCACCCUGUCUCCUUUGAGAAGGCAUGUGAGUUUGGUGGAUUUCAAGCCCAGAUACAGUUUGGACCUCACGUGGAGCAUAAACACAAGCCUGGGUUCUUAGAUCUAAAGGAAUUCCUACCAAAAGAAUAUAUCAAGCAGAGAGGAGCUGAGAAGCGGAUAUUUCAGGAACAUAAGAACUGUGGCGAGAUGAGUGAAAUAGAAGCCAAGGUCAAGUAUGUCAAACUCGCCCGGUCCCUCCGGACAUAUGGAGUCUCCUUUUUCCUGGUGAAGGAGAAAAUGAAAGGCAAGAACAAGCUGGUUCCCCGCCUCCUGGGCAUCACCAAGGAUUCUGUCAUGCGUGUGGAUGAGAAGACCAAGGAAGUGCUUCAGGAGUGGCCGCUCACCACAGUCAAGCGCUGGGCGGCUUCACCCAAGAGCUUCACACUGGAUUUUGGAGAGUACCAGGAAAGCUACUAUUCGGUACAAACCACAGAGGGGGAGCAAAUAUCCCAGCUGAUUGCAGGAUACAUUGACAUCAUCCUCAAAAAGAAACAAAGCAAAGAUAGAUUUGGGCUGGAAGGGGAUGAGGAGUCAACCAUGUUAGAAGAGUCAGUUUCCCCAAAAAAGUCUACCAUCCUGCAGCAGCAGUUCAACCGCACGGGGAAGGCAGAGCACGGCUCAGUGGCGCUGCCGGCUGUCAUGCGCUCUGGCUCCAGCGGGCCCGAGACUUUCAAUGUUGGUAGCAUGCCCUCACCACAGCAGCAGGUCAUGGUUGGACAGAUGCACCGAGGACACAUGCCUCCACUGACUUCGGCGCAGCAAGCCCUUAUGGGGACCAUCAACACAAGCAUGCAUGCUGUCCAGCAGGCUCAGGAUGACCUCAGCGAGCUGGACUCACUGCCACCUCUUGGACAAGACAUGGCAUCUAGGGUAUGGGUUCAGAACAAAGUGGAUGAAUCCAAACAUGAAAUCCACUCUCAAGUUGAUGCUAUCACAGCUGGGACAGCUUCAGUUGUCAACCUCACAGCUGGUGACCCCGCUGACACUGACUACACAGCCGUGGGCUGUGCAAUCACUACAAUCUCUUCCAACCUGACCGAAAUGUCCAAGGGUGUGAAGCUGCUGGCGGCCCUCAUGGACGACGACGUGGGCAGUGGGGAGGACCUUCUCAGAGCUGCCAGGACCCUCGCCGGGGCCGUGUCUGAUUUGCUGAAGGCCGUGCAGCCUACUUCUGGAGAGCCUCGACAGACUGUUUUGACUGCUGCAGGGAGCAUCGGCCAAGCCAGUGGCGAUCUUCUGAGACAGAUCGGAGAGAACGAGACGGAUGAGCGAUUCCAAGAUGUUUUAAUGAGUCUGGCGAAAGCUGUUGCCAAUGCGGCUGCCAUGUUGGUGCUCAAGGCGAAGAAUGUGGCCCAGGUGGCUGAAGACACCGUCCUACAGAACAGGGUGAUCGCUGCAGCCACCCAGUGUGCUCUCUCCACCUCCCAGCUUGUGGCGUGUGCCAAGGUCGUGAGUCCCACCAUCAGCUCUCCUGUGUGUCAGGAGCAACUGAUAGAGGCUGGGAAGCUGGUGGACCGCUCUGUGGAAAACUGUGUCCGUGCCUGCCAGGCAGCCACUGGCGACAGUGAGCUUCUGAAGCAGGUCAGCGCGGCGGCCAGCGUGGUCAGCCAGGCCCUGCACGACCUCCUGCAGCACGUGCGGCAGUUUGCCAGCCGCGGCGAGCCCAUCGGCCGUUACGACCAGGCCACCGACACCAUCAUGUGCGUCACCGAGAGCAUCUUCAGUUCCAUGGGUGAUGCUGGUGAGAUGGUGCGCCAAGCCCGGGUGCUGGCCCAGGCCACGUCCGAUCUUGUCAAUGCCAUGAGGUCAGAUGCAGAGGCUGAGAUCGACAUGGAGAAUUCCAAGAAGCUCCUCGCAGCUGCAAAGCUCUUGGCUGACUCCACAGCCCGCAUGGUGGAAGCUGCAAAGGUAAAGGCAUUUGGGGGCUGCAGCCAACCCGAGAAUGAAGACCAGCAACAAAGGCUGAGAGAAGCUGCCGAAGGUCUCCGAGUAGCCACCAACGCUGCUGCACAGAAUGCUAUUAAGAAAAAAAUUGUCAACCGGCUGGAGGUUGCAGCCAAGCAGGCUGCAGCUGCUGCCACGCAGACCAUCGCAGCCUCCCAGAAUGCAGCUGUCUCCAACAAGAACCCCUCAGCCCAGCAGCAACUGGUCCAGAGCUGCAAGGCAGUGGCCGAUCACAUCCCUCAGCUCGUGCAGGGGGUGAGAGGGAGCCAAGCUCAAGCAGAAGACCUCAGUGCUCAGCUGGCCCUCAUCAUCUCCAGCCAGAACUUCCUGCAGCCUGGAAGCAAGAUGGUGUCCUCUGCCAAGGCAGCAGUCCCCACUGUGAGUGACCAGGCCGCGGCCAUGCAGCUGAGUCAGUGUGCGAAGAACCUGGCGACCAGCCUGGCCGAGCUGCGCACCGCCUCGCAGAAGGCCCAUGAAGCCUGUGGUCCCAUGGAAAUCGAUUCUGCGCUAAACACAGUGCAGACUCUUAAGAAUGAGCUGCAGGAUGCCAAGAUGGCCGCUGCAGAAAGUCAACUGAAGCCACUUCCAGGAGAAACGCUAGAGAAGUGUGCUCAGGACCUGGGAAGCACCUCUAAGGGAGUGGGCUCCUCCAUGGCACAGCUCCUCACCUGCGCUGCUCAGGGCAACGAGCACUAUACAGGAGUGGCAGCUAGAGAAACAGCCCAAGCUCUGAAAACAUUGGCCCAGGCUGCCCGGGGAGUGGCUGCAUCCACAAAUGACCCCGAGGCUGCUCAUGCCAUGUUAGAUUCUGCUCGAGAUGUGAUGGAGGGAUCGGCCAUGCUCAUCCAAGAAGCCAAGCAGGCCUUAAUUGCACCUGGAGAUACAGAAAGUCAGCAGAGGCUAGCCCAGGUGGCCAAAGCUGUGUCUCACUCCUUGAAUAACUGCGUGAAUUGCCUCCCUGGCCAGAAGGAUGUGGAUGUGGCCUUGAAGAGCAUCGGGGAGUCCAGCAAGAAGCUGCUUGUAGAUUCGCUACCUCCCAGCACAAAGCCUUUCCAGGAAGCCCAGAGUGAGCUGAACCAGGCUGCUGCUGAUCUGAACCAGUCUGCUGGGGAGGUCGUCCACGCCACGAGGGGCCAGAGUGGAGAGCUGGCGGCCGCUUCUGGAAAGUUCAGUGAUGACUUCGAUGAGUUCCUGGAUGCUGGCAUUGAGAUGGCUGGCCAGGCACAGACGAAAGAAGAUCAGAUGCAAGUGAUAGGGAACCUUAAGAAUAUCUCUAUGGCAUCCAGCAAGCUGCUCUUAGCUGCCAAGUCUCUCUCUGUAGAUCCUGGAGCUCCCAACGCAAAAAAUCUUCUGGCUGCAGCUGCAAGGGCUGUCACAGAGAGCAUCAAUCAGCUCAUCAUGUUGUGUACCCAGCAGGCCCCGGGGCAGAAGGAGUGUGACAAUGCCCUGCGGGAGCUUGAGACUGUCAAGGGGAUGCUGGAAAACCCCAAUGAACCUGUGAGUGACCUCUCUUACUUUGACUGCAUUGAGAGUGUGAUGGAAAACUCCAAGGUUCUGGGCGAGUCAAUGGCAGGGAUUUCACAGAAUGCCAAGACUGGGGACCUCCCUGCCUUCGGGGAAUGUGUGGGGAUCGCAUCCAAGGCUCUCUGCGGGCUGACCGAGGCCGCGGCCCAGGCUGCGUACCUGGUUGGCAUCUCUGAUCCAAACAGCCAGGCAGGCCACCAAGGCCUGGUGGACCCCAUCCAGUUUGCCAGGGCCAACCAGGCGAUCCAGAUGGCAUGCCAAAACCUGGUGGACCCUGGCAGCAGCCCCUCGCAGGUUCUGUCGGCUGCCACCAUCGUUGCCAAGCACACCUCGGCCUUAUGCAACGCCUGCCGCAUCGCCUCAUCCAAGACGGCCAACCCUGUGGCCAAGAGGCACUUUGUCCAGUCAGCCAAGGAGGUCGCCAACAGCACCGCCAACCUGGUCAAGACCAUCAAGGCCCUGGAUGGGGAUUUCUCUGAAGACAACCGCAAUAAGUGUCGGAUUGCUACCACACCCUUGAUCGAAGCUGUGGAGAACCUGACCGCCUUUGCAUCAAACCCUGAGUUUGUCAGCAUCCCUGCUCAGAUCAGCUCUGAGGGCUCCCAGGCACAGGAACCAAUCUUGGUCUCAGCCAAGACCAUGCUGGAGAGCUCAUCAUACCUCAUCCGCACUGCACGCUCUCUGGCCAUCAAUCCCAAAGAUCCGCCCACCUGGUCUGUGUUGGCUGGACAUUCCCACACCGUGUCUGACUCCAUUAAGAGUCUCAUCACAUCUAUCAGGGACAAGGCCCCUGGGCAGAGGGAGUGUGACUACUCCAUCGAUGGCAUCAACCGCUGCAUCAGGGACAUUGAGCAGGCCUCCCUGGCGGCAGUCAGUCAGAGCCUGGCCACGAGGGACGACAUCUCUGUGGAGGCCCUGCAGGAGCAGCUGACCUCGGUGGUCCAGGAAAUCGGGCAUCUUAUUGAUCCCAUUGCCACAGCAGCUCGAGGGGAAGCUGCCCAGCUGGGACACAAGGUGACACAGUUGGCAGGCUACUUUGAGCCCUUGAUCUUGGCUGCAGUCGGUGUCGCCUCCAAGAUGCUGGACCAUCAACAGCAGAUGACAGUGCUGGACCAGACCAAGACCCUCGCAGAGUCCGCCCUGCAGAUGCUGUACGCAGCCAAAGAAGGUGGAGGAAACCCCAAGGCACAGCACACCCACGAUGCCAUCACGGAGGCUGCACAGCUGAUGAAGGAAGCUGUGGACGACAUGAUGGUGACACUGAAUGAGGCCGCCAGCGAAGUGGGGCUGGUGGGUGGCAUGGUGGAUGCCAUUGCAGAGGCCAUGAGCAAGCUGGAUGAAGGCACACCUCCAGAACCAAAGGGAACAUUCGUUGACUACCAGACAACCGUGGUUAAAUACUCCAAAGCUAUUGCCGUCACGCUCAGGAAAUGGUCUCAUUCAAUGACUAAGUCGGUUACUAACCCGGAGGAGUUGGGAGGCCUGGCUUCACAAAUGACCAGUGACUAUGGGCACCUGGCUCUCCAGGGCCAGAUGGCAGCAGCCACCGCCGAACCAGAGGAGAUCGGAUUCCAGAUUCGCACACGUGUGCAGGACCUGGGUCAUGGCUGUAUCUUCCUGGUGCAGAAGGCGGGGGCCCUCCAGGUGUGCCCCACAGACAGCUACACCAAGCGGGAGCUGAUCGAGUGUGCCCGUUCCGUCACUGAGAAGGUAUCAUUGGUGCUGUCCGCCCUCCAGGCCGGAAACAAGGGGACCCAGGCCUGCAUCACGGCUGCUACUGCGGUGUCUGGGAUCAUUGCCGACCUGGACACCACCAUCAUGUUUGCGACGGCAGGGACACUGAAUGCAGAGAAUGGCGAGACCUUUGCAGAUCACAGGGAGAACAUUCUGAAGACGGCCAAGGCCUUGGUGGAAGACACGAAGCUGCUGGUGUCAGGGGCCGCCUCCACUCCAGACAAGCUGGCCCAGGCAGCUCAGUCCUCUGCAGCGACCAUCACCCAGCUUGCCGAGGUGGUCAAGCUGGGGGCCGCCAGCCUGGGCUCCAAUGACCCUGAGACCCAGGUGGUACUGAUAAAUGCCAUCAAAGACGUGGCCAAGGCCCUUUCUGAUCUCAUUGGUGCUACCAAGGGAGCUGCCAGCAAGCCAGCCGAUGACCCCUCCAUGUACCAGCUCAAAGGAGCCGCCAAGGUGAUGGUGACCAACGUCACCUCUCUUCUGAAGACAGUGAAGGCAGUGGAAGAUGAGGCCACCCGGGGCACAAGGGCGCUCGAGGCUACCAUCGAGUACAUAAAGCAGGAACUCACGGUAUUCCAAUCAAAAGACAUACCUGAGAAGACAUCAUCGCCCGAAGAAUCAAUAAGAAUGACGAAAGGAAUCACCAUGGCAACAGCCAAAGCCGUGGCAGCUGGGAAUUCAUGUAGACAGGAGGACGUGAUUGCAACCGCCAAUCUGAGCAGGAAGGCUGUCUCAGAUAUGUUGACAGCUUGCAAGCAAGCAUCCUUCUAUCCUGAUGUCAGCGAAGAGGUACGAACUAGAGCCUUGCGGUAUGGCACAGAAUGCACCCUGGGCUACCUGGACCUUCUGGAACACGUCUUGGUGAUCCUUCAAAAGCCGACCCCAGAACUCAAGCAUCAGCUGGCUGCUUUCUCCAAGAGAGUCGCCGGCGCUGUCACGGAGCUCAUCCAGGCCGCGGAAGCCAUGAAAGGAACAGAGUGGGUGGAUCCAGAAGACCCAACCGUCAUUGCAGAAACAGAAUUACUGGGAGCUGCGGCGUCCAUUGAAGCUGCCGCCAAGAAGUUAGAGCAGCUGAAGCCGAGAGCAAAACCAAAGCAAGCAGACGAGACCCUGGAUUUUGAAGAACAGAUCUUAGAAGCUGCUAAAUCCAUUGCUGCUGCCACAAGUGCCCUGGUCAAAUCAGCCUCAGCAGCCCAAAGGGAGCUGGUGGCCCAAGGCAAGGUGGGCUCCAUCCCUGCCAACGCUGCUGACGAUGGACAGUGGUCCCAGGGGCUGAUCUCUGCUGCCCGGAUGGUGGCGGCAGCAACCAGCAGUCUCUGUGAGGCAGCCAAUGCCUCUGUUCAGGGACAUGCCAGCGAGGAAAAGCUCAUCUCAUCUGCUAAGCAGGUCGCAGCUUCGACCGCUCAGCUGCUGGUGGCCUGCAAGGUGAAGGCCGACCAGGAUUCAGAGGCCAUGAAGCGGCUACAGGCAGCAGGAAAUGCCGUGAAAAGAGCCUCAGACAAUCUUGUCCGUGCAGCCCAGAAGGCAGCCUUCGGCAAAGCUGAUGAUGAUGAUGUUGUUGUGAAAACCAAGUUUGUGGGAGGCAUCGCUCAGAUCAUCGCAGCCCAGGAAGAGAUGCUCAAGAAAGAACGAGAGCUGGAGGAAGCCAGGAAGAAGCUGGCCCAGAUCCGCCAGCAGCAGUAUAAGUUCUUACCCACGGAGCUGAGGGAAGAUGAGGGCUAAUGCCUGCCCAUGAUGGCGAGCCCCGGGAGGUGGCGCCCCUCCCCUCCCCAACAAGAACUGGACAGCGCAGUGUUCCCAAGGGCCAGGUACUUCCUGGAAAACUGCUGGCCCUCCACCUGGAGUCUCUUUCUCACUUCUCGGUCCUGUUACCAUCGGCUGCAUGAUCAUGAUCUCACGCGGUACAGUGUCCCACCCACAGCUCCUCCAGCUCCCCUCGUGCCUCGCUUUAUCUCAGGAGAGAGGGGCGCACCUUUCAUGGACUGUUACCAAAAAGAGAAAAGUCAGUAUUAUGUCAUUCUCAGACACUCUAGUCUUUGUCCUACAAGACUGCUCCAGGGCCUCUUUGUGACAUCACACUAGGAAAAGAACAACAACAACAAUAAUAAUAAUGGCUCACGGGCAUCAUCUGUAUCGUGGACACAGCUACUCUCUCUCUAGAGAGAGAAGGCGGAAGCUGCAGUUGGACACUGUUAGUAAAGCCAGAAACCCUCCCUGGCGGACUCUGGGGUCUAGAGUCACAGAGGUCCUUGUAAGUGUGGAGCACUGAUUUGCCCGCGGGGGUGAAGAACCCCUUUCCCAUUUGCACGCUUUCCUUGCCUCAGUGUGUAAGCUCCUUGUACAAUCUACACCCAUCUUGUAUUCUGUGGCCCAGAAAAAUGGAAGUUAUUAUUUUUUUUUUCCUCUCCGUAAUCCAAAGGGCAGAGUUGUGGAAAGUGGUCAGGGUUAGGUGGGCAGGGGCCAGAAUAAAAUCCUGGGCUCCUUAACUCUGCAAGGCUGUUUCGGUUCAUGCAAAUGAACACACACAAGCUGUGUCCCUGAUGGUCCUCAGUGCAGCGCCCCCUGGAGGAAGAGUCAGGCGGGACUUAGGCAGGAAUGAGGAGCCUCCCACCUUCAAGCCCCAUGAUCAGGUUCUGUGUUCUUAGGAGGGUCCAGGUUCAAGAUGGAAAGCUGGCUGUUUAGAACUGUCACUGGUCUUCCAGCCCAAGAUGGUAUUUCCUACCCUGUAUCUUAAUAUUCCCAAAAUCUGAAAGGACCCUCUAGUCAACAUGGACCUCUGUGAUUAGCAUUGCUUAUUGUCACAUGGGUGUUUUCACAGUACGUCAUUUGGGUGCUGCACCUCCGGUCCUUCAGAUUUCUUCCCCUCAUGCCUUUCCUUUUCAGGGCCCUCUUCUGGAAAGAACGUCAUAGAUCCCUGAGUUUACAUUUGCUCUGAGCCUCUACCUAAGAUGAUGGAUGAAGGAUGAACGGCCUAUGGCCAAGGGCCCAAUACCAAGCACCAGUAUAUGUGAAUGAAUUUAUAAAGGGAAAAUAAGAGUUAGCAGAGCAUGCUGGGGCUGUAGCUCUGCUCGGUGUGGUGGCAUGUGUCUCUAGUCCCAGCCCUGGGGAGAUGAAGGCAGGAGAAUCAAAAGUUCAAGAUGAUCCUUGGCUACAGAGGAAGUUAGAGACCAGCUUUAGCUGCAUGAGACCCUGUCUCCAGAAGGAGGAAAAGGAUAAUAGAGGCAUAUGGUUUUCAAGACUGACGGCUGCAGAAAGCAGGCCUUCCCCUCAUUAGUGAGACGAUGCCAGAACCAGAUUGUGAGUGGCACUCACCACUUAGAUCCAGAUUUCUACCAAAGAGGAAAUACUGGUACUCUGGUUGAAAAAAAAAAAAAAGAAAGAAAGAAAAGAAAAGAGUCGACCUUCAACCCUGCCAGAAGAGUCUUCUGUGCUGCAGUUUUAAAACAGGAUUAAAUUCUGACAGUUUCCCGAAUGUAUAGAGAUGUGUAAGUGCCUCACAAAGGGAUUCUUCUCAGACAGGUAGAAGGCUAUACAAAGUGUGGUGUGAUUGGGAAGCAAAUGGAGAACGCAUAUGGAGGGAAUGAGGGUGUGCAGGCAUCCAGUCCAAUAGAGGAGGCCUGCUGCGGAGCCCUGGAUGCUCACGGGAAAGCGGGUGGUCUUGCUUACCAUCUUUGAGUGUGACUCUUCAUGUCUCUGCUGGGUGCUUUCCAAAACGAUGAAGUCAGACCCCGAAGUUCAUGGUUAAGGUGGGAGAAUGUCCUCACGUAGUGGGACAGGAGGCCUCCCUGCAGCCAGCUCACCCUCUGUCCUGUAGGUAUGCUUCCGGGGCAGCUGCUCCUCAUCCCUCUUACACCUGUCCCUUGUCACAUUGGACUUUCCAGGGGGCAGGGCAGGAACAGACAGUGAGUUCUCUGUCCUUGCCCCAGGGUUGUUAAAAACCUUCACAGAAGUGGAUACCGGAGAAAAGUCCCUAACACAUGCAAAGGGCUGCCCUUUCCCUCUGUAAGGAGUUUCAGGAGAACGGGAGUCCUGCCCUCCUGUCUGGAGAGGUGUACCCCCAGGACUUUAGGGGAAGGUGGUUCCCAGGCAUCACCUGCCAUGGUCCCGUGUCUCACCUGUCCCUUGCUUGCCCAUGUUGCAUCCGUGUAUGCCAAUGUCCUUGUGGCUGGCUGGGCCUCUCUCUCCUCGUUUCAUAAAAUGGAUGAAAUACUAGACUAUGGGCAUUGCAUAAUAAAUGCUGCUGGUGGUGUCCCCAGAGGCACUGAGGGGACUCUGGCUCCUAAGGGAGAAAGAAUGCAGAUGCAGUGAGUUGCAUUUUGGAGUAGUUUCAAGGCAAAAGUGGCCCAAGGCCUGGAGCAUGAAAUGUAUCCCUCUGUGUGUGAGAGGGAGACUAGGUAUGCAGAUGGGUGCUCUCCUGCCUCUAUCCCAGAAGGGAAGGGAAGCUGAUGUUGGGUUUGGAAUCCUUAGACUCAUCUUUCUAUCCAGAAUUUGCAUUCUUGAUGAUCAAAGCGAGGAUGUGCCUGGUGGCUGGGAAAUUGCAUCUAGCUCACUUCUGCCUUUCAGAAGUCUUUAGAUCAGGAUGCAAAAGCCAUGUUUGGUCAGACAGCCCUGGGCAACGCUUCCACUGGCCAGUUGGGGGUAGUCUUGGAAGUCAUCAUAAACAGAUACUGAAGACCUGGCCAGGCUGCCAGUUGUCACUGUGGUUUUCAGAGGCAGCUGCCCAGGCUUCCUUCUGUGCACAGCCUUUCAGGACUAAGCCACCGGCAGAUCUGCUGGCAUAUACUCCUAAUCCAGAAAAGCCCCUAAGCUUCUCGUCAGACUCAUCCGCUUGUCUUCUGCGUACUCUGCCAGCUGGUGAGAGUGUGGCCAACUGAAACCACCCCCUGAUUUGUUGAAAACUGCACAACCAGGUGUGACGGCAUACAUUUACAAUCCCAGCACUUGGGAGGUGGAGGCAGGAGGAUCACAAGUUUAAGGUCAGCCUGGGCUGGGUAGCAAGAUCCUGUCUCAGAAAACCAAAGGCUAGUGGGUGUAGCUUAGUGUUAGAAUGCUUGCCUAGUAAGUGCAAGGUCCUGGGUUUGUUCCCAGCAACACACAAAGUAUAGCCAAAAUAUACCGCCUCCUAAAAGAAUGUAUUUAAUCCCCCCUCCUCAGUGACUCCAGAACCAAAACCUUACGAAGGAACCAGGGCAGAGGUGGUAAGACAUGCUCUCUGUUCCCCCUCUUUCCUCACUGGCAAGUGGUCCCCCAAAUCUCCCUGAGCUCUGGGCUACAGCAACACUUCUGGGACUUAUGGCUGAAGAUCCCAGCACAGAUUGUCUGUGUGCUCUGCUCAAACCCCCUGUGACUGAGGGGACGAAUACCUGUAAGAGAUUCAGGAAAUGUAAGGAACAGGAAGGAAACGUCCACUUUCAGGCUGAGAGGCCACAGUUCCCAGAGUCCUGAAAGCCAGAGGUCUUGGGGGCCGUGGGCAGCUCAGGUCUUACGCUCUGCCCACAGGGUCAGCAGCCUCUGCUAGAGAAAGCAUCUUCUGCAAAUCCCGACACCGCUGUUCCAUUGCUCUGAGCAUGUGCUUGGUGUGUUGAGGUUGGUCAUUGGGAAUGAGCAUGAAGACAGACCUUCUGUUAGUCUGCAAAGACCAUGAAGAGCUGAUGUUUUUCUGUGGUCCAGGCUAGGUUCUAUCUGGUCUUCCCUGGAAUCCAGCUCCCUGCCUACCAGGGAGCAACAGCAUGCAACCCCCUCUGCAGCCAUGUCCACCAGAAGACAGGAAAGAGAAGCUCUGCCCUUGUCAUAAUGUUUAAUCACAUAAAUUAAUUUAUCUAAUCACAUAAAUUAUUUUUUUUAUUCAUCAGAAAUAAACUUUUAAAGGAAUGAA